AUGAUCACGUCAAGGGACCUUCAAGAGAUUGUUGAUAAGCUCUCCUCCGAUAAGGCCAAAGCGAGAGAGGAAGGAGUGAAGUUGUUGUGUACAUGGUUAGAAGGAGAAAGAUCGAUCACGUUCUGCAAAUUUCUUGGAAAGAAUACUGCAAAGUUGGAACCGAAUGAUAUUCCUCGCUCUGAUACAUGGCCAUUUCUUAUUAAAUUGCUCACUAAUUGCGUAACACUGGAAUUAUCUAUGAGCAAACGGCGACCACCCAAGAUUAUUCUGGCUAAAACUCUUCGAACUGUCAUCCAACGAGCUGAAGAUGCCAAGUUUUCAGGAAAGGUGUUGCCUCUAUUAUCUGUGGUUAAAACACUUUUUAGUCAUGUAUUCGAUGUGUUAAGCAAUGUUCCAAGUUUUCAGUCGGAAUAUGGAAUUAUACUUCGAGAUCUUUUGGCAGUUAGAGGUUAUUGUUUUCACAUGAGGAAGCGCAUUUACAGCAACCUAAUGCUUCUAUACAUGGAGAAGGUAGAAUUAAACCUUGAAGAGAAAAGUAAUAGUCAAUAUAAUCAGAAAGAGGAGGUCUUUCGCUGCAUCUUGACUCUCCAGUCGCUUUUAGAAAAUCCCCCUGGAGAUUUUCCAGAAACUCUUAGGGAAGAUAUUGUUAAGGGUUUUAUCCGGAUAUUUUCUUUUGUAAGGGAUGAGGGGAAGAUUUCACGGAAGCUUAUGGAGUGUGUUAAUACCUAUUUGUUAAAGGAUGGACCAAAUUUGGGUUGUCAAUCUUUGGAGAUCCAUGAUGCCAUGCAGCAUUUUGUUUAUCGCUGUUGGCUUACAACGCAUGAUCGUGGUCUUAAGGAUGCUCUUAUUGUUUAUGCUAGGCUACAGCUGAACUUAACUAGAGGUGCUGCUGAAGCAAGUUCUCUGGUUGAACAACUUCUGGAUGUUGUAUGUAAGGAACUAGAUCAAAGCAGUUUACCGAGUGCUGGUGUGUCGAGGAAUGAUGGUACCAAGGAUGAUAAGUUUGGAACUCUCAAUAGCUCUCAAUGUGGUUUGGUGGAGCUUGCGGCACUUGUAUUUUAUCGGGCAUGUGUUAAUAUGACUAAAGCACCAUCAGUUGAAAAACGGGUUAGGAGGGAGCAUGCUUCUCACCUUCUAAAGGAGGCCCUCAUUAGAGGAAAAUGGUUAUGGCAUGCUGUUUUUCGCUGUCUCAUCUGUAAUUACUACACUCGCAUUAAUGAGGACCUUUUUAUCUACUGGUUUGAGGGCAUUUACACAAACUUCGAAAGAAUUUUGAAUGAUGCAAACAUGAGGCAUGCUUAUGAUGGUUUGUUAUGGACCUUGCGGAGUUUGCAGGAACUGUCUUCUGCAUUGUUGCUUCCAAAUUCACCAGUGGAGAUUCCAUCAAGGUCAUCGUUUUCCCCUAAUAAGUUUGAUUCUGGUUGGCAAAUGAUAUGGAACUGUCUGAUGCAUGGGUUACCAAUAUUCAGCAAUCUAACCGCAAUUGUGGAUGCUGCUUUGGUGCUCCUUGGACGCAUUGUUUCUCGUGAUUCAAUAAAUACAUAUUUCAUACCCCAAGAUGUAUGGGAUCUCCAGUUAUUCAAACAAAUGCCAUCAAUGUCUGUUUUGUACUUCACUGCAUGCUAUUUUUCACGUAAAGGUUCUCAGGGUGACCAUCGAGACAUUUUUCAUCUGAGGAAAAAUCUAUUAAGAGCAACCUUGGGUUUUUUUGACUGCAAGGAGGAUUCCAUAUUGAAUGAAUGCUUGGUAUUGUUGUUACCAGCAGCUGUUUAUGCUCUUUGUGCUGGUUGUUCUCCUUUUACAAAUUGCUAUAGAGGGAAUUUCCUGUCAUACUCUUUUCUAGAUGUUACUGACACUGGAGAUGAUAAGGUUAAGAUUGAUGAACGUGAGCACAAAAGGCAGCUUGAACUUUUUGAAUGCUUUGUGGAAGUUCUUGCAAAAAUUGAUUUGGAUUCUAGUUCUAAGGCUUCCUCAUCUCACUGCCAUCAGAGUAUACGUCUUCCCCAACAGCUGAGAGAUCCACUUCUGCAUGAAAUGGAGACUUAUGUUCUUGGAGCUGUAUUAAAUAAGGAUACUGAAAAGAAGCCUCUAUCAGAGGUCUUCUUUAUGUGUGCUUUACUGUCUAAUUUUAUGUAUGGCUUAUUUUUAACAAGGAAAAGAGAGGUUUCUUUGUUUCUCUCUAAAGUGGGUCAGUACUUAUUAGAAUUGAUAGAUCAUUCCGUUGAUUUAAUCCAAGAAAGCUACAAUGAUGUUCAAUCUCUUUGUUGUUUUGGCUCAAACUCUGAUUUUAAUGAAAGAAGCUCCCUUGUAUCUUCAAUUAGAAGCUUUAUCUGCUCUACUGUUUUUGUUGAAUGGAGAGAUCAAGAUGUUCUAGAUGCUACACUUUAUGAUGGACUGAUUAAGGCCAUUGAGAGGGUUUUAAGGGCUCUGGCCAGACUGUAUGAAAAAUACUCUGACUGCAUAAGUAAUAUUCAGUCUGAGACGAUGCUUUCGGAAGUAUCUGUAUCUGACACACCACUGCAAGUUUCUUGCCAACUAAAUAGCAAUAAAAGUAGGAUUGUGGACAUGGAGUUGGAUGUGAAUGAGGAUACAAAAAACGUGGAUAUUUUGACUGUCAAUGGGAAUUUUGCCACUGGAAUGUCCUAUUCAGCAGUGAAGUGGAAGUUGGACAUAAUUUCUCUAAUUUCAGCAUUUUUCUCAGUUUUACAUGUUACAUGGGAUAUUCUCUUUGAGCUCAUGGAGAAAGAGUGCAGCCCUGAGGUUCGUGAGAAGAUUCUUUACUAUCUUUGUCAGCAUCCCAACUGGUCCUCUUCUACAAAAAUUACAGACUUGGUUAAUAUAAUGGAUAACAUGAUCAAGAUGCAAGUGGGUCUUAAGCUUGAUUGUGUUCAUAUAUUGAUUGCUAUUCAUGGCCUUCUGGGUUCCUUGCUAUUGUUGGAGACUGCUGAAAGGGAUAAAAAAUAUGCUGGCCAAUCUUUUAGGGAAAGGGUGCCUGAACAGUGCUUGAUACAUCUUGGGGAUCUGUGAGCAAAGUUGCUGAAUUUGUCUUCCGACUGGUCUGGACGGGUUAAGCGGAUUGAUUGUAUAUUUGAUUUUAUUUCACUCACUCCUCAUAUUGGUCAGUCAAUGAUUGAGAGAAUACUUUUGAUGCUUCAAGAUCCUGAUUAUCGAGUUAGGUUAUUUCUGGCCAGAAGAAUUGGUGUUCUGUUCCAAACUUGGGAUGGCCAUGAGGAGCUUUUCCAGGAUAUAUGUAACAAUUUUGGUGCUAUUCUGGUUGUUCGCUCAAAAGAAAAACUCGUCACUGCAAAGGAAGCCUUAGCUGCUGGUCCGCAGCCUCGCCCCAGAAUGGAGACAAUUAUUAUUAGUCUUAUGUAUCUUGCUUUGCACAGUGAUAGAAUAGAGCUGGAGGCUGUUUUCAUGAUGUGUGUUGUGUCUGCUAUUGAUCCUUGCCAGAGGGAAUUGGUGAAUGUGGCACUUGAUAAUCUAUCCCAAAAGCUCCAGUAUGCAACUAGGUGGAAGUACUUGGAGGAAAUCUUGGGUUCAAUCCUCUUUUGCUGGGUUGCUUGUGGUGUUAGUUUAGUUGCACUGGUUGAGAUUCGACAAGUUUUCGUAUCAGAUGCUGAAGCUAGUUAUUUUAUGCAAUAUUGUUGCCAUUGGCUUCUUCCAACUCUUGUUUUGCAUGGGGACAACUCCAACCUGAAGUGGGUAGCUGAGAUUGCUGGUCAACCUCUUGCAGGACUGGUCAAAAAUCACUUUGUGCCAAUCUUUUCAGUUAGUAUGGCUUUGCACUGCAGUGAGAGAUCUGGAAAUGGAAUGGCAGCAAUGGUUCUUCAGAGUUCUAUUUUGCAUUUGGCUGAAAUUUCUGAGAAUGAAAGAGACAAACUGAUAAAGAAACAUAUGGUAUCAAUUGUCAGCCAUAUUCUAUCUCUUGCCUCUAGUGCAUCAUACCCUGCAGUCCCUUUCUUUUCAAGGGAUACAAUCAUUCGUGCCAUCCAAACAGUUGUCGAUGGAUUUUUGGAAAUGGAUGAUUCUGCUAGAAGUGCUGGUGUCGUUGACAAAAUCAACAUAUUUCGCCCUGAUAGAGUUUUCAUGUUUAUAGUGGAAAUGCAUUACAAAAUUGCUGCAGCAGUUCAUCACAGGCAUAAAUGUCAUCGAUUGGCUGGGAUUGAGGUGCUUAUAAAUAUUCUUGGGCAUAGAGCUGCUGUUUCAAGCACUUCCAAUUAUCUUUUCAAUUUGAUUGGCCAAUAUAUUGGUUGUCAUGCUUUACAAGACCAGUGUUGCCGUAUCAUUUCUGCUUUGCUAAAAGCUUUCAAAAGUAACCCAUCCAAAGAAAUUAUUUAUGUGCUAGGUGAACAACUUCAGUUUUUGGUAUCAAAGUUGGUUGCAUGCUGCAUUCCUUCUGAAGCUAGUGCAGAACCUUCUGGGUCAAGAUCAUCCCAAGUUUUAUCUUUGCUCCUCCAGCUAACAGUGGAUUCUGAUCCAUCUCUUUAUGAUUAUAUCAGAGAAUUAGAACCCUUCCCUGAAAUAGACACUUUUGAUAGAAUACGAAAUUUCCACGAGGAAUUAUGCCAGGCCUAUUCUGCAAGAGACCACUUAUUGAAGUUUGUGAAGAGAUCUUGCUACCUUCCAUCAAGAUUCCUUUCCUGGAGUCUUCAAGCUCUGCACAAGAAACUACUUAUGAAUGAGACUUCUCAGAGGGAAAAGAAAGCUGAAGAUGUUGUGGAUUGGCAUUCUGACCAUGAAAUUGUACAUGCAGUCUGGACACUUGUUCGCAUGUGUGGCUCAGAUGAUGCUAAUAGUAUUAGAGCAUUGGUAUCUGACUUUGUAUCUAUGGUUGGCAUUGGGGACCCACAUUGUGUUGUUUUCCAUUUGCCUAGAGACUCUGGUCACAUGCAUUCAAGUCAAUCCAUUAAUAAUGGUAGUACUACUGAAAUCAACUUUCACACGGAUGCUGGUAUAUCUGAAGAACUUCUAAUCUCGCUGUUGAAAGUUUUGAAGAAAUAUCUUAUGGAUGAUUCUGUUGAAAUAGUAGAUAUGACAUCACAAACUCUUCGGGGAAUACUUUCAACCGAAAGGGGUCAAAGAGCUAUAAUGCGCUUUGAUUCUUAUGAGAGUUCCCUUCUUGAGGUCCACUCAAAGGGUGUCGACAUUGACCUGGUGGAGAAGUUCCUAUUGGAUCUAGAAAGGAAGUCUAAAGUUGAUGUACUUUCGUUGGAGAAUUCCGCUGUAUGGGAGACAAAUGAUAAAAGUUUUGAGAUGUGGAUUUGUCCCCUUGUACACUCACUGAUUGGCUACUGUGAUGAUGUGAUACUAAGAUUAUGUCAAGAUAUUGUAUUGCUCAAAGCUGAAGUUGCCGAGCUUCUCUUGCCAACUGUGUUUGUCAAUUUAGGUGGAAGGAAGGAUAUAGAUGUUGAUCUACACAAACUAAUUUCCUUGCAGGUGCAGGAACAUAUAUUGACGGGAGCUAAUAAAUUGAUAAAAUCAACUCAAGUUUUUCUGAAUGCCCUCAAUGAACUUCGGUUAUGUCAUGUCAUGGAAAGAUCUUCUUUAGUACCAGUGAAACGAGAAAGUUCUAAGUAUUCUAAGCCUUCUAGCUGUGGUUCAAAAUCCCAUUCCACCUCAAAAAAGGUUAGAGAUGGGGCAGCAUCAUCAAAUGUGGCUAACAUAACAUCUUUGUGGGACAAGGUUUAUUGGCUUUCAAUUGAUUAUCUUGUUGUUGCCAAGUCAGCAGUCAUUUCUGGCUCGUAUUUUACUGCUUUGAUGUAUGUGGAGCAUUGGUGUGAAGAGCAUUUCAAGAUUCUCACACUGGGGAGACCAGAUUUUUCCCAUCUUGAGACGUUACCGCAUCAUGUUGAAAUACUUGUCUCAGCAAUCACUCAAAUCAACGAACCUGACAGCUUAUAUGGGGUCAUCCAGUCACACAAGCUGUCUUCUCAAAUUGUUACCUUAGAGCACGAGGGAAAUUGGAGCAAGGCCCUUGAAUAUUAUGAGUUACAAGUACGAUCUGAUUCCAUGGUGCAAUUUGAUGGUGGAUCUAGAGCCUUGUCACCACUUAUGCAACCAACAAUGCAUUUGUCUCUAUCAGAAAAUGAUGUGAAGGAGAGGAAACCUUACAAAGGGCUGAUUAGAUCUUUGCAGCAAAUCGGUUGUAUGCAUGUGCUGGAUAUGUAUUGCCAAGGGUUGACUUCUCGGAAGGGCCAGUUUCAGCACGACCUCGAGUUCACUGAAUUGCAGUAUGAGGCAGCAUGGCGUGCAGGAAACUGGGAUUUCUCUUUAGUUUACGAUGGAGCCAAUUCUUCUUCUUCAGGUCAACAGAUUAAAAUCAACCAUUUCAAUGAAAAUUUGCACAGUUGCUUGAGGGCAUUUCAAGAAGGUGAUUCUGCUGAUUUUUUUGGAAAGCUAAGGGAUUCAAAGCAGGAGCUUGUAUUGUCCGUCUCUCAUGCAAGUGAGGAAAGCACCGAGUAUAUCUACUCAACAAUUAUUAAACUUCAGAUUCUUUAUCAUCUUGGUGUAGCUUGGGAUAUCCGAUGGAAACGUUCAAGUGAAAGAAUAAAAUUCUAUCCUGAGAAGCAAAAAAUAAUUUCAGAACCUGUAAUUCCUACUAUGAACCAGUUGUCAUGGCUGAAUAUGGACUGGAGCUCAAUUUUGGACCGAACACAAUUACAUAUGAACCUGUUAGAACCAUUCACAGCAUUCAGGCGAGUGCUACUUCAAAUUUUGGGCUGUAAGGAGUGUACCAUGCAACACCUAUUGCAAUCAGCAUCCGCUCUUCGUAAGAGCUCGAGGUUUUCUCUAGCAGCUGCUGCUUUGCAUGAGUUUAAGUUACUUUGCAUAGGACCUGGCGAACAAUAUUCAACUUUAUAUGGGCUUGGGAGGAUUGAAGAAGCAAAGCUAUUGCGCGCCCAAGACCAGCAUGAGAUGGCCAUCAAUCUUGCAAAGUACAUAUCAGAAAAUUACCAAUUAAAUGAAGAAGCUCCAGAUGUACAUCGCUUGGUUGGAAAGUGGCUAGCGGAAACUAGAUCUAGCAACUCAAGAACUAUUUUAGAGAAGUACCUGAAACAUGCAGUUUCACUUGCUGAGGGUCAGAGCACCACAAACAAGAAGUCUAUUGAAAGACAAUGUCAAACUCAUUUUCAUCUUGCACACUAUGCAGAUGCUUUAUUCAGGAGUUCUGAGGAAAGACUGACAUCAAAUGAAUGGCAAGCAGCAAUGCGAUUAAGGAAGCACAAGACGAGGGAGCUGGAAGCACUUAUUAGACGGCUAAAAAGUUCAAAGGGAGACAAAAUUGACUACUCAGUAAAAAUACAAGAGUUGCAAAAGCAACUGACAAUGGACAAGGAAGAGGCUGAAAAAUUGCUGGAUGACAGGGACAAUUUUCUUGGCCUAGCAUUGGAGGGAUAUAAACGCUGUUUGGUAAUUGGUGACAAAUAUGAUGUGAGAGUGGUUUUUCGUUUAGUGUCCUUAUGGUUCAGUCUCUCUUCUAGACAAAAUGUCAUAACUAGCAUGCUUCACACAAUUGAUGAGGUUCAGUCUUAUAAAUUUAUACCACGGGUGUACCAAAUUGCUUCAAGGAUGGGGAGUUCAAAGGAUGGUCCAGGGCCUCAAAAUUUUCAGUAUAAAUCACAUUGUUUUGCUUUGGUUUCUCUUGUGAAGAAGAUGUCCAACCACCCAUACCAUACCUCUUCAGGUAUUUUACUUCUAGCUCUAGCAAACGGUGAUCGAAUUAAGGCACAACACGAAGUAAAACUCUUUUGUGUGGAUAUGGAUAAAAAGCUUGCAGCAGAAAAUCUCUUGGAAGAGUUAUCCUAUCACGGACCUAUAAUCGACAAGUAAUUUUCCAUGAAACAAAUGGUGGAUAUUUAUAUCAAGCUUGCAGAGCUUGAAACAAGGAGAGAGGAUACUAAUAAACGGAUUACAUUACCAAGAGAAAUUCGCAGUCUUCGGCAGCUGGAACUUGUACCUGUAGUAACUGCAACUGUUCCUGUUGACCGUACCUGCCAAUAUAAUGAAGGCUCUUUCCCACACUUCAAAGGAUUAGCUGAUUCAAUAACGGUUAUGAAUGGUAUAAAUGCUCCAAAGGUGGUUGAGUGUUUUGAUUCGGAUGGUCGUAAAUAUAGACAGCUAGCAAAAUCUGGAAAUGAUGAUUUAAGACAAGAUGCUGUGAUGGAACAAUUUUUUGGUCUGCUUAACACUUUCUUACAGAAUCAUCGGGAUACAUGGAAAAGAAGAUUGGGAGUACGUACAUAUAAGGUGGUUCCUUUUACUCCAAGUGCUGGUGUUCUUGAAUGGGUUGAUGGCACUCUUCCUCUUGGAGAAUAUCUUAUUGGAAGCACGAGAAAUGGAGGUGCCCAUGGUCGUUAUGGAAUGGGAGACUGGACAUUCAUGAAAUGCCGAGAGCACAUGUCAAAUGAAAAAGACAAGCGCAAAGCAUUUCAGCAAGUUUGUGGGAGUUUCAGGCCUGUCAUGCAUUACUUUUUCCUGGAGAGGUUCUUACAACCAGCUGACUGGUUUGAGAAAAGACUUGCUUACACACGAAGUGUUGCAGCUAGUUCAAUGGUAGGUUAUAUUGUUGGCCUUGGAGAUCGACAUUCAAUGAACAUCUUGAUUGAUCAAGCCACUGCAGAAGUUGUUCACAUAGAUCUUGGUGUUGCCUUUGAACAAGGCUUGAUGCUCAAGACACCAGAACGGGUUCCAUUCAGGCUGACUAGGGACAUUAUUGACGGCAUGGGUGUUACUGGAGUAGAAGGGGUUUUUAGAAGAUGUUGUGAGAAAACUCUGUCUGUUAUGCGGACAAAUAAAGAAGCUUUGCUGACCAUCAUUGAAGUUUUUAUCCAUGAUCCCUUGUAUAAAUGGGCCUUAUCCCCCUUGAAGGCUUUGCAGCGUCAGAAGGAGUCGGAUGAUGAUCUGGAGACAAGCUUGGAAGGCACAGAAGGUGAAUAUGAAGGAAACAAGGAUGCUGCACGUGCACUAAUGCGUGUCAAGCAAAAGCUAGAUGGAUAUGAAGGUGGUGAAAUGAGAAGUGUACAUGGGCAGGUACAACAACUUAUACAAGAUGCCAUCGAUCCUGAGCGAUUAUGUCUAAUGUUUCCUGGAUGGGGAGCAUGGCUGUGAUACAAUUAACAUAUACACUAACAGCAUCUAGUCAUCUUGUACAGGCGGCCAUAUUGUUUUCCCUGUAAAGUUAUGUUUUGAGUUAUGAGUGUUUAUAAUGUAUAUAUACCGACUCAUCUUGAAGGAUAAGUAGUACAGAAGAAUUGAUACUUUUGAAUAAUUCAAUCUAGAGUGACAAAAAGUUGUAGAGGAAGAAUGACAAGA